AUGGCGGCAACCAACGGCUCCAAUGGUCACUCUACACGUAGACCUCUCAGAGAUGGAAUUUACGCUCCAACUAUGACAUUUUUUGUCCCUGAGACUGAAGAGCUCGACAUUCCCACCAUCAAGAAACAUGCUGUUCGUCUCGCCGAAGCCGGUCUCGUGGGUCUUGUAACCAUGGGAUCUAACGGUGAGGCUGUCCAUCUCUCCCGCGCCGAAAAGCAAUCUGUCACACGUGCUACUCGUGAAGCUCUCGAUGCCGCGGGCUUUGAUCAAGUUCCCAUCAUUGUCGGAGCUACAGAAGGAUCCGUUCGUGGUACCCUCGAGCUCAUCAAAGAAUCAGAAGCAGCGGGUGGAGAAUACGUUCUGUUAUUACCACCUUCUUAUUUCCGUGGUCUGAUGGAUGAAGAUUCCGUCUACAACUAUUUCAUUCAAGUAGCUGAUGCAUCACCUUUACCUAUCAUCCUAUACAACUACCCAGGUGCCGUUGCCGGUAUUGAUAUGGAUUCCGAUCUUUUAAUCCGUCUCGCCAAACACCGCAAUAUCAUCGGUACUAAAUUCACCUGUGGUAGCACUGGAAAACUUACUAGAGUUGCCUUGGCCACCAAUGCCAAGACCGUCUUUUCGGAAGGUUCUGGCUACAUGGCUUUCGGUGGUAUCUGUGAUUUCACUGCUCAAACCUUGGUUUCCGGCGGUUCGGGUAUCAUUGCCGGUGGUGCAAAUGUUAUGCCAAAGGUUUGUGUUAAGAUUUGGGAAUUGUACAGAGAAGGAAAGAGAGAUGAGGCUUUUGAGUUGCAAAAGAUUUUGAGCAAGGGUGAUUGGGUCCUUACUAAGGCUGCCAUUGCUGGCACCAAGAGUGCCAUUCAAAGCUACUAUGGAUAUGGUGGAUACCCAAGGUCACCUUUGAAGAAAUUGGAUGAGGUUAAGACUAGUGCUAUCAAGGAUGGAAUUGAUGAGGUUAUGAAGGUCGAGUUCAGCUUGUAG